AUGGUCUCCAGAGCCACCGAUCGGCUGCUGAUCGUCGUCUCCGUCCUGGAAGGGCGCUAUUUUCCAAAACGGCCCAAGCACAUGCUUAUAGUGGAAGCCAAGUUUGAUGGUGAACAGCUGGCUACUGAUCCUGUAGAGCAUACCGAUCAGCCAGAAUUUGCUACUGAAUUGGCUUGGGAACUUGAUAGGAAAGCACUUCAUCAGCACAGGCUGCAGCGUACACCUAUCAAACUCCAGUGUUUUGCAUUGGAUCCUGUAUCUUCAGCUAAAGAGAAUAUAGGCUAUAUUGUACUUGAUUUAAGGGCUGUGCAGGAGAAGAAACAGGCACCAAAAUGGUAUCCUCUGCUUAGUAACAAGUACACUAAAUUUAAAUCUGAAAUACAAGUAGGUGUUGUGUUGGAGACUGAUUCAAAAGCACUGGUCGAUGGUUUUAAAGCAAAGGAGGCACCCCCUAGAGAAGGGAAGGCAUCUGCCCUUCUUUCUGGACUGGACCCUAAAAGUAUUGUACCAGUCUUGAAUGAAGAAGAGGGCUAUCAUCAGAUUGGAUCAGCAGAGUAUUGCAGAGACUACUUUGUCUUGUCUGUAACCAUUGUGUUCGCCACACAGUUGGAACUGUUAGUUCCUAGUACUAUGAAGCUUCCUGAACGACAGCCUGAGUUUUUUUUCUACUACACAUUACUGGGUAAUGAUGUCACCAAUGAACCUUUCACUGAUUUAAUUAAUCCAAACUUUGAGCCAGAAAGAGCUUCAGUUCGAAUACGUAGUACAGCUGAUGUUCUUCAAGUUUAUCUUUGUGCACAGUCAAAAUUACAGAUCCAUCUUUGCUGUGGGGACCAGUCUCUUGGGAGCACUGAAAUACCCCUGUCUGGACUACUGAAGGAGGGAAAUGUGGAGAUUGAUCAACACCCUGUGGGAAUAGAAGGAGCAUUUGUCCUCGUUCCACCAAAUAGAGCUAAACAGAAACUGCCACAGUUUCCUUUGGAUAGGGCUCCUACUGUUGGGGUAUCUGUAAUUCUGCAAAGGGAGAGCUUGAGUGCCCAGCCUUUGAUUCCCUUAAAUGCUCCAACCGAACCUAAAGAGACCCAGGAGAAAGUUCUUUCACCUAUUAGUGGAAAAACAGAGGGCCUGCAACAGAGGUCCCAGAAUGUCCUGUCUCAAGCUGACCACUCUCAAGCUGAUCACUCUUCUUCAACAGAAGAUGAAGCAACAGGAAGUGAAGUUGAAAGUCUUAAGUUUGAAAAAGGCAUGAAACUAAAGAAAAAGGCUGAUAAUGUUCCGGUAGCUGCAUCUCAACCCAGUCCUGUGGGUGCAUCCAGUUCUUCUGAGCCUGUGUCAGCACACAAAAUUGUCAUUCCAGCAGCCUCUCACCAUUUUUGCUUUUCAAUAGAUUUACGAAGUAUACGUGGUCUGGAGGUUGGUUUUCCAAUAAAUUGCAUUUUAAGGUACUCGUAUCCAUUUUUCGGCAGUGCAGCACCUAUUAUGACAAGCCCACCUGUAGAAGUCAGAAAGAACAUGGAAGUCUUUCUUCCACAGUCCUACUGUGCAUUUGACUUUGCAACUAGACCUCAUCAGCUUCAGGAUACAUUCUUCAGAUUACCUCUGCUGGUUGAAUUGUGGCACAAGGAUAAAACAGCUAAAGACUUACUUCUAGGGGUGGCAAGACUUCAGCUUUCAAAUGUUUUGGCUUCAGAAAAAACCCGUUUUUUGGGUGGUAAUGGUGAACAAUGCUGGCGUCAGACUUACAAUGAAACAGUCAGUGUCACAGCAGCACAAGGGUCAGGCAACAGAAUAGCAGAGCUUUUGUAUGCUAUCACUUUGGAAGACUAUGGGCUUGUGAAAAUGCAAGAAGUUCUGGUGUCAGAUUCUUCUCAAUGUGUAGGUUCUGGUCAACAGCGGCAUGUCCCUCAGACUCAGCCUCGUUGUGCCCCAGAAAACCAUCCAGAACCUCGAGAAACUCUUGAAUACAAAGCAGCACUGGAGUUAGAAAUGUGGAAGGAAAUGCAAGAGGACAUUUUUGAAAAUCAGCUUAAAAAGAAGGAAAUGGUCCAUAUGCAAGCACUUGCAGAAGAAUGGAAGAAAAGAGAUAGAGAGAGAGAAGCAUUAGUGAAGAAAAAGGUAGCAGAAUAUACUGUUUUGGAAGAACAACUUCAGAAAACCCUGAGAGAUCUAGAUAAGCGAGAACGACAGCUUUUUAGUGCUGAAUCAGAGCUUCAAAGAGUAAAGAAGGAGUUGCAAGCAGAGCAUGAACGAAAUCUGCAGGAGCUACAGGAUUCUGUGCGGCGAGCCAGAGAAGAAUGUGCACACCAGGUUGAGCUAGAAAGGUCAAAAAUCAAACAGCUGGAGGAAGACAAGCUUCGCUUACAGCAGCAGCUUUAUGAAGCAGAAAAUAAGUAUAAAAUUUUGGAGAAGGAGUUCCAGCAGUACAAAGAACAGCAAAGUUGCAAACCAGAAAUCCAGCUACAAUCGGAAAUAAAUCUUCUCACUUUAGAAAAGGUUGAACUUGAAAGAAAGUUGGAGUCAGCUACCAAGUCAAAGCUUCACUACAAACAACAGUGGACAAGGGCUUUGAAAGAACUUGCAAGGUUAAAACAGCGUGAACAAGAAAACGCAAUGGCUCACCUCAAAAAGCAGCAACAAGAGCUGGAGCACAUGAGGCUGCGCUAUUUGGCAGCAGAAGAAAAAGAGCUGGGGAAAACAGACCGACAAGAGCUGGAGGAUAUCAGAAAUGAACUUAACAGGCUAAAGCAACAAGAAGAGAGAAAGCAAUUGCAAGAUGUUAGAGAUAAUUCUGCUGGUAGAGUGGAUAGUCUUCAUUCUAGAAAAUUAAAUGAGAAUGUGGAUGAUUAUCUUUCUCGUCUGAUAGAAGAGAGGGAUACCCUGUUGAGAACAGGAGUAUAUAAUCAUGAAGACCAUAUUGUAAGUGAACUUGAUCGUCAAAUCAGAGAAGCUAUUGCGAAAAAGGAACAUCACUAAAUAAAAGCGUACAAAAAGUUUUUUAAAACAGCCAAAAUUUCAACAGUGAGGGAUUUUUAUAAACCUGUACUACUUACUCUGCAAAAUAUGUAAGGUCAUGCUUAAUUUUGCACCCUAUUGUUAGCUCUUUUUGAAGUCAAUGUAAAUAUUUGGAACAUGUGAAGUUAAGCACAGUUGUAAGUUUUACGGGAGCGAUGGCUGUUUUUUAAUAUUUUUAUAAUCGUGUGUAUAUAUAUGUAAAUAU